AUGGAUACGACGUUCUGGCUCGUAGCCUUGCCGCUCGAGGGUGGUUCCGCAGAAAACACUUGGAACACCUUGCAGCAAAAGACGAGUCGUGGUAGGGUGCCAUUCAACUUACCAGAGCUUCGCGUUGGAACCCUAGAUUCGCUCCUCGCACUCAGUGAUGAUCUUGUAAAGGUGAGCUCACUUGUGGCGGGCACGACGCAGAAGAUUCGGAGACACAUAAUGGAGUCUGCUUCAGCUGAGGGCGAGAAUGAGGUGAAUGCUGAGCUCGUUGUAGAUGGCAUAUCAGCGGAGAGGUUCUUGACAGCAUUCACGUGGGAUGAGGCCAAGCACCCUGCCCGAAGGCCACUGCGAGAGACAAUGGAAAGACUUCAAGAGAGCGUCGCAAAGAUUGAAGAUGACUUCAGAGUGAAAACAGGUGAUUUGGCGUCAGCUAAAACACAGCUUGGCGCAUUGUCUAGAAAAGCGGCGGGAAGUUUGGCUACACGUGACUUGGGCGAGAUUGUUCAGGACUCAGAUCUCGUAAACACCGAAAAUCUUACCACUCUGUGCGUGGCUGUGCCGAAGUACAAUCAGAAAGAAUGGCUCGAUACUUACGAGACACUCGCGCAAUUUGUGGUGCCGCGUUCUUCAAAGUAUGCAAAGCUCUUGUUCGAGAAGCUUUCGCUUAUAAAUGAAGAUGGCGAAUAUGCACUUUACACUGUCACACUUUUCCGACGUGUUGUGGAUGCGUUCAACACGGCUGCUCGCGAAAAUUCUUUUCAAGUCAGGGAGUUCUCUUUGGAUACCGAAGCAGUCCAAGCCAAGAUUGCUGAGCGAAAUGACCUAGAGCGUGACAUUAAAGAGCGAAGGACAUCAAUGUUCCAGUGGUGCCAAACAAGUUACGGGGAAGCGUUCGGUGCUUGGGUACAUGUGUGUGCCAUUCGAUUGUUUGUUGAAAGCAUAUUGCGAUACGGUUUGCCCCCGAGUUUUCAGGCUUGUGUAAUGAAACCGCAAAAGAGGUCAGAGAAAAAGUUACGCGGCAUCCUGGCCAACACUUUUGGGCAGGGCGCGAGUUCUCAUUGGAGCAACAGUGAUGACGAUAAGGGCGAGGAGGCAUUCCCGUACGUUUCUUUCAGCAUUGAAAUCUAAAGAUUAGCACUCGCCUCU